AUGGCUCCCACCGAGGGCUUCAACGCCAUCUGCGUCAACACUGAAGAGUCUCAGAUGGAGUUCCUGGAGAUUGGGGGCAGUGAAUCUCUGCGUUCAUACUGGAAGAUGUACCUGCCCAAAGUGCUGUUGCUAAUCUAUGUCGUGGACUCGGCUGAUCAUGCCCGACUGCCUGUGGCGAAGCAGCUGCUUCAUCAACUGAUCCAGAACAACUCCACCCUGCCGGUGGUGGUUCUGGCCAACAAGCAGGUAAGAGACCUGGAAGGUGCAUAUUGCAUCACUGACAUCCAUGAUGCUCUGGCACUGUCUGAUAUUGGGGACGAGAGAAAGAUGUUCUUGAUUGGUACCCACGUGGCAGAGGACGGCUCCGAGAUCUCCUCCAGCAUCAAGGAUGCCAAGGAGCUGAUAGCGCAGCUGGUUCUGGAAGCACAGAUACAAGAACUUGCAGAACCCAAGAAAGCGGCUCGUGCAAACGAUCCCAGGCUUGUAUGGGGAAACCAAGAGACGAUCUGGACCCUCUCGCGGGGUGCUGUGACAACUCAACCAUCCCCAAGAACAAUGGCACUGUCCAAGCCCAAGCAAGAUUUUGGCAAGCACCAGUGCAGGUCAGUGGUCUCUGGAUGGGAAUCAGUGACCUGGGACCGUCCCCCGCUAGUGGAUUUUGGCUUCCCUUCUGAUCGGCUGCUGAAGUUGUCUGAACCUAAAAAAUUACAGGCUGCUUACCUGCAGCAAAGACCUCGCCAGUCCCCUGAGUGGCCUGUGUCGCCAGCUGCACUGAGCUAUAAGGCCUCCCCGCGGAUCCUGGAGCUUGCCCGGCCAAAGGUGCUGCACGCAGAGUUCCUGAUGGCCAGAGAGGUGCCAACACAGGUUACAAAUGUUGCAGCCUUGGCCAGAGCAUCCUCGCGGUUGCAGUGUCUCGCAGAGCCCCGCGUCAGGAAGGUGACCUGCUGCUAUGAGCACAGCUUUCUGGAAUCCGUCAUCCGUCCGGUUUCCAAGUUUGCUCAAGAGGCAAUUGCAAGCCCUCGGACCCUGGAGCUGGCUAGGGUAAAAAGAUUGCAUCCUGACUAUGUGCCCUCACGGGAUGCUGAGUGGCCAGUGACAAAGGCUGCAAAGCACGCAGUGGCCACACCAAGGCUUGUGGAACUGGCCCAGCCUUGCAAAAGGCCUUCUAUGGGCUCGGUUCAAUUCAACCCAGAUGCUUUCACAGUGAAGGAGACUGCUAAGAAGGCAAUUUGUUCUGCUCGGAUCCAAGAACUGGCCCGUCCGAUUAAGCGCUGA